GGAAUUAAUUUCUUUCUUGCAUGUUCAUGAUCUUUGUAGUCUUUAAUAAUAAUAAUAAUAAUAAUAAUAAUAAUAAUAAUAAAAAUAAUAUUUAUUGACCAUAUGGAGUUUACUCAACUUUCUAUGUCCGGCAAAGGCAAAGGCAAAGGCGAAGGCGAAAGCAUAAUGAAAACCGAUGGCUUUCUUACGAAGAGGAAAUGGAAGUCGGAAGAAGAAGAAGAAGAAGAAAAAGUCGACGUUGAUCUUCAACUUCAACACCACCCUUCUCAUUGGGAGCAAUGCCUCGACCUUCAAUCAGGAAAAAUGUACUACGUGGACAACAAGACUUGGAGAAGUACAAGUAGCAGCAAACACUACUUUGAGGCGGAUCAUCGUCAAAAGCUUGACUUGGAGCUCAACAUCUCCACCACUAAUAAUAAUAACAACAACAACAACGUUAACGACGACAUGGUUGCCUUAGCCUGUGCGAAUUGCCAUCUUCUGGUCAUAGUGAGCAGGUCUUCUCCCUCUUGUCCUAACUGCAAGUAUGUCCACUCCCUUCAGUCAUCUUCAUCCUCCAAACCCGCUUAUCGUUGGCCCAUCUGAUGACUCAUUGUUGUUUCAUUUUCCAUCUCAUCCCAUCACUUAUAUAAUUAAUUGCUUAUUAUAUAGGUGAAAUUGUUUAUAACUCUCACGUGAUUUUGAAAUUCAGCGUAAAAUUUCUCCGUACUUUCAAAAUUUCAUAGCACGUCCUUAUACUUUAAAAAAUGUUGCAUAAAAUCCUCUGCCAUGAUACUUGUCUUUUGUUACGAGGAAAUGAUUUCAUAUUAAUGUAUUUUGCAUGGUGAGGGGUUUCAUGCAACGUUUUUAAAAGUAUAAAGGGGCGGCGUCACACAAAUUUUAAAGUAAAAAAGGGAUUUACGCUGAGUUUCGAAACCAUAAGAAAAUUAUGGACAAUUUUGCUUAUUAUAUAUAUGCAUGUAUGUAUGUAAAUAUAUUAUCGUGGUACGGUCUAGCUAUAUGCUUUAUGCACCUUUAAAUUUCGCUUACAUAUUAUCGAUCAUGUCUCGUUAUAGACUUAUAUAUCAUUGAAACCCUAAUAAGAUUGAGACUCUAUUUAAA